ACGUACGGAUAAAGUGUUGGAAAUGUGAAAGGUCGCGAUCUAUCCGGAUAAUUCCAUGUCGGAUAAGUAUUUCGCGGCGAAAUGAGCGACCCCGACGACGAGGAGAAUGGCCGCACAGACUUGGACGACCAGAGCAUGGACGAAGUGUACGAUAUGACGGACGACUUGGACGAGAGCGUGGACACGCUUGCGUCCCCCACCAAGGCAUCCAUGGACAUAGACGACGAAUCCGAUGUGGUUCCUUAUCGAAGGAAAGAUGCACCCACGAGGAGCGUUCCCGAAGGUAGUAGUACAUCAAGGGACAUACAUGGAACCUCCAGCGACGACGAUGACGACGAUGAACCGCCCGAGAUACCUGGCAGUCCUAUGAAACCAGCAUCCACGGGACAGGCGACUACACACAACUCGAAUGAGUCUGCAGAAGUUGAGGCCACGAUGGAUGGCGAGUCGUCUUCUUCGGAAGAGGAGUACGAAACCGACAAACAAAGCCGCAAAGAUCGAAUCAACGACCAGCGACGCUCGAUCGCUAGUACUACUACUAGUAGUACACAAGCAAGUACUACUAGUAGUAGUAGUAGUACAACAUGCACUGUUCGUACUGCCACCACCACGUCACAAGACAACACACAAGCCCAACCCAAACAACACAGUGUCCAGCCUGCCGUUCGAAAAACUAGUACUACUAGUAGUAGUACUAGUAACAGUCAAAAUGAAGCCAUGUACAAAGCCGUGGCCAACAAGAUGAUGACUAGCCCAAGCGAUGCCAAAUUCACAUACAAACAACAAGUCGAAAGCGAUGCCAAAGCCAAUUCACCCACGAUCCCAAUAGCAUCGACCUCCAAAUCGCCCACUAGUAUUACUAGCACCUCACGUGGAGCUACUACAGCGUCGAAGGCCUCGGACUUGAACUUUCCGCCCGAAAUCUUGCAGUUGCUCCAAUUUGUCGACGACUUUCACCCAGAGACGAUUGAAAUCCCAACUAUUGUACAGCCGUUCGUCCCAGAAUACAUUCCAAGCAUUGGCUCGCCUUACGAAGGCGUCCAUGUGCUUCGGCCAGACAACAUGGACGACCCGAUUGGACUGGUGGUUCUAGCGGAACCACAUGCCAUGCAGUCGAAUGUGGCAGAGCUGCAAUUAAUGCUGAAAGCCGACUAUAAAUCUGUGCAUGCCCGUUGGGAACUGUCAGUCUUAAGCAUCGAAAAUGCCCACGAACGACCAGAUGCCAUCGAUGCCUGGAUUAACAGCGUCUCAAAGAUACACCAGUCCCAGCCGCUGUGUCAGGUGCAUUAUACGAGGCCGUUUCCUGCAGUGGAAGUGCUCAUGGAAGUUUGGCCGUCCGAGGUUGAGGCAGCAUUAUCCCAGAUCAAGCUACCAUCGGCAGCGUUGGAUGUAUCGGUGGAUGAGUACAGUCGAAUUGUAUGCGGUCUGCUGGACAUUCCAGUGUACCCUUGGCACAUUCGAGAAAGCCUCCACGUACUUUUCACACUGUACCAAGCCUUUCACGAGAAUCCCCACUUUGCCCAGUAUAAAUAGACACAGUAGUAUUAUUUUUAGUCAAUAGAACAACCAAUUUUGAGAGCA